CGAUGGUGGCAAACGCCGAGAUGAUAACGCGUGUGCAGUGAGAGCGCGGCGACCGACUUUUAAACUUUUUGAAAGUAAAAGUUCCGUCGCCGCGGUGUUUCACAAUUUUUCAACAAUAAUAUUUCUUUUUUGGUGUUUUUUACAACUUAAAGUCGUUAAACGAAACGUGACGCACACGUUAUUAUCAUCACUGUUGUGCCCACAGUAGUUAUUAAGGACACGUACAUAGGCAUGUGUUUCAUACCAACGAUUAAUGUAUGUUGGUCGUUUUUCUUUGUAGGCAUCAAACGAACGGGUACCACAGUUUCUGCAGCAACGACCAGUGAUAUCUUCAAGAAAGUGAAUGCAAUAGAAUGGCAUACUAUUACUAUUAUCAAACACCACCUGAUCCACUAUCACCUGUACCAACCACAGAAGAAUUAUCACCACCACAGCCACCUUUAUUAAUGCUAUCUUCUCCACCGCAACAACAGCAAUUGAAUCUACCACUUCUCACACCAGUUCAUCAAUCGGUAACAACAUCAAUGCCAAUGAUGACGAAGACUACUACUACUACUGCUAUAGAAAAUAAUGAACAGCAGCAGCUACCCACACCAAAUACAUUCAUUAGGCAUUGCGAUGACAUGGGUUUAUUUCAUGAUUUACAAAAUAUUGUAGUAAUGUCUUCAUUAACUGGACCAUCAGGUGAUACAACUAUUACUACAGUCCCUGCUUCUAAUGCUGCUACAAUAGUCACCACAGCCACAUCAACAGGACAACCUAUUUCUUCAAAUUUAUUUGACUCAUCAUCAACAGCAAUUGUGACAACCAUGAUGAUGGCCAAUCCUUUUGACGAAACAUUUAAACAAGCAGUAUUGCAACAACAAAAAAAUGAAGCUAAUCCAUCAGAAAAUAUUUUCAAUCAUAACAAUAACAAUGAUGGUGAUUUAAACACCCCAUUCAUACCAACAACCACUGUUGUUAACACGUCCAUUAACAAUACUAGUUUGAAAACUUCAACGUCAAAGGAUAUGAUAUCUACAACUACAGCAGUUGAAUCUAAUAAGUUGAAUUCGACAACUGUGCCUCAAUCGCAACAGCAGAAUAUAUACAUAACGUCAACAGCAGAAGCACCGACUAGGGGUGUAUUAGUUAUGAUGGUAGAGCAUCCACAACAUCAACCGCGUAAUUCAUCUCUCCCUUUACGACCGGAACAUCAACAACAUCAACAAAUUAUCGAACAGCAUCAGUUCAUUGUUCCAACAACUACAACCACAACUAGUGUCAUCGACACAACAACAAUAACACACCAUGAUCAAGAAUUGUAUGAUGAAGAAGUCGAUGAUGAAAACGGUGGGAUAAUUAUCAAUGUUAGAAAUGAAACAACUACAAUUAAACAGGCUUUAAAACAGAAUCUAUUGGUGAAGCAACUGUUACAAAGGCGCCAGAAGCCUCCACUCAUAUCUGAAAGCGAUCACGAGCUCGGUCAACUACUGCAGCAUCAGAAUAACGACAAUGACAUUGAUUUUGUUGUCACAGAUACCGAUAGACAAGAACAUGAAGACUAUAAUAGUAGUAAUGGUCAGGAAGACGAAGACCACAACAGUAGAAAGCAACAACUAAAACAGAAACGAAAACAAGAAAUGUUAGAAAGGAACAGGACGGCCGCCAAACGGUGUAGAAUAAAGCGAAAACAGAGGUGGGAUCUGCUUUCGGAAGAGAAUCGAAAGCUGAAAAUCGAAAAUGGCCGAUUGCGUGACGCGCUUUCAAAACUUGUGAGCCAUAGAUGCAGUAACUUACAGCAACAUCAAAUAGAACAGCCAGAGAUAAUAGAAGAAAUAUUUAAUCAUAGUAAUGAUGUUUAAAACCAUGAUAGGUUGUUGCACUAAUAUUUGUGCUUAAACAAGUAAUAUUUACUUAGUAUAAUAUUAUUACUAGGACUCCGAAGUUGUAAAAGUUGCAUAAUAUUUUUCUUUACUCUUGAUUUAUAAAAGAUCAAGCUAGUAACCCUUUCUAUGCAAUGGUAAAAUUAUUAACAACAGUUUUGAAUGUAUACUAUUUAAUAUCUAUUCAAUUUAUCACUUUAUGUAUUUUAUAGUUAAUUAUUUAACAUAGAUAUUUUAAUUUUCUAAAGAUUUGUACAAAGUAGUAAAAAACAAUUUGUUCCAGUAUAACAAUGCCAUGUUUUUGUUAUACACUCAUACGCUUCAAUGACAUAUUAUUAUUUUUUAGCAACCAGCUUUUGAUUACUUUAUUAUUUUACUUCUACAAUUUAUGAGCCCUAAUUAUUACUAUUAUAAAAGCUGAUGGUUUACACUUGUAUGAUUUAACAUAAUAUAUAUAUUUUAUAAUUUUGUUACACAUUUUAGUAUCGUAUACUGUCAAGUACUCAUGGUAAUCAGUUUACAUAACUAAUAACUAUAACUAAAAUAAUAUAAUGUUUUGUUAUUGUGUACAAAUAAUAUUUUAUUUCUAAAAUCUAUUUUGUUUUUUAUUGUUUUAUUUUAUAUCCAUAAAUAUAAAAGAGGACACUAUACCCGCAUGUGUUGUCAAAACUUAUUUUGAGCGGGACAACUAUGCUCCAUCUGUUAGUACAGUGGAUUUACCAAAAUUCUACAACGUCUAGGGAAGAACUUUAUCUGUGUCGUAGCUAUUUUAUUUUUUUGAUAACAUAAAUACAAUUAAUGUUUUCAGUUUGAUAACAUUAGGGUUAUCUGUUUUUUUAUUUAAUUAUUAAAAAUUAUUGGUUAGUGCUAUUAAAAAAAAAAAAAAAAUGCUACGACACAGAUAAAGUUUUUCCCUAGCAUUAAUUAAUUUAAGGUAGUACUACUCUAAAAUACAAAGGGAGUAUAGUUGUCCUGUGAAUAAAAAAAGUUUUUGCCUUAUUGUACAUUUGUAAGACGGAGAAAACACUUGCAGGUGUAAUGUCCCCUUAAGCCGAUUUUUUUUUUUUAAAUAUUGGUCAUCAAGAAUGUAGGUUGUUCAUAGUUGAUCAUGUAUCAUUAUGCUCAAUUGUUUUUUUUUAAAACUAUAUGACGAUAAUGUUACAUGUUAAUUUAUAAUAAUAGUUUUAUUUUAAUUUAGUUUGUUUUAGUCAUAAUUUCUGACAACACUAAUAAUACCUUAAAUUUUGUUAUUAUUUUUAUUUUUUGUUAAUUUAUCAACAUUUAAUAACUACUAAAUAAUAAACCUCUUAAUAUAAACAAUAUUCUUUAAAUAAAAUGUUAAUAUAAAAAUUUAAAUUAAAUUAAAAAAUCAUUUAAAAUACAAUUAAAAAAAUAUAUAUAUGUUUAAUUUAAUUAAAUUAUUGUUUACAACGAUAGAUAUUAUUUAAUAACAUGAUAAUAUUAUAUUAUAUUUAUUAAUAUCAAUAAGAAUAUAUCAAAUAUUAUUAAAGGAUAAUCAGUUAAAUAUGCAAGUAAA